AUGGAGCAGCAAAUAGUCCAGCUCCUUCAGGACACUCAGUCAUCACACGAAGGUCCUCGUACCCAUGCCGAACUGCAGCUCCGCCAGCUCUACACGAACACCUCGUUCGCUCCUACACUGGUCGCCGUUUCCACACACCAAUCUAUCCCUCUAGCUACCCGUCAAGCUGCCCUGCUCCUGCUCAAGCAGUUUGUCCAGCAAGUAUGGUCUCCUCAGUUCGAAGAGUUCAAGGGCGAGGUGCUCGUCUCUGCCGAAGACCGCGCCACCCUCAGACAAGCCCUGCUCGACCUGGCCACCGACGCUCACCAGGAAAGAAAGAUCAAGAGUGCUGCUUCCAUCGUGGUCAGCAAGAUUGCUACUGCCGACUUCCCGGAUGAAUACCCCAACCUUCUCCCUACCCUGUUGCAUAUCAUCAACAACGGUCAGGAUGGCCAACUACACGGUGCUCUCAAAGUCCUGCAAGACUUGAUUGACGACUGCUUCAACGACGACCAGUUCUUCAACGUCGCCCACCAGAUCGUCUCAUCCGUCUUUGCUGUGGCCGCCAGCUCUCGUCCCACAAUCCUCCGUGCUUUGGCUGUAUCUGUCUUCCGUUCAUGUUUUGAUAUGCUGGAGAUGGUCUUGGAAGAUCACAAGACUGCUGUCAAGGCCUUUGCCGAGGACACUCUGGCAACCUGGUACCCUUUCUUCCUUGACACUCUGAAUAUGCCAGUCCCGAAUGUCCCCGUUGAGCAAGAAGAGUCACAAAACCCCGUCGCCGAGAACUACCGUGGUAUCAUCGCUCUCAAGUUGCAAGUCGUCAAGGUCCUGAUGCGUGUCCGUCAAAUCUUCCCUUCAGCUUUGGCUCCUCAGGCUCCUGCUCUCUUUGCCGCCACAUGGCAAGAACUCAACAACUUGCGACAGUCAUAUCACGAAUCUUUCAUCCUUCAUGACCGUCAAGGUAGAUUGGAAGAUGCUGACGGUCUGCCCUUCACCCUCGACUUCCUCGUUCUGGAGGAGAUUGACUUUAUGCAAGCCUGUCUUCGUGCUGCUCCUGUCCGCAAACAGCUUGAAGAGCAAUUACGCUCUCAGUCCAUGCCUGACACAUGGGUCACAGAAGUCAUGAAACUUGCCGUCACAUAUUCACACAUCACUACUGAGGAGGAGGGUCUUUGGGACAUCGACUUCAACAUCUUCGUGGCUGAGGAGUCCAAUGUCACAGCAAACUACACUCCUCGCACUGCUUGCGCUGAUCUAGUCAUCAAGCUUGGUGAAUGGCAGAGCGCCGCUACCAUCGAAGGUCUGCUUCAUCACACUCGCGAAUUGUACUCGACCGAUUCCAGCUGGAAAUCAAAAGAGGCUGCUCUCUUCAUUCUCAACCAACUCUUGACCGACUUCUUCGAGGCUGAUCGUCCCAUGGUUCCUGAGGUUGCCGCCGCUUACAUCGACUUUGUUAGAUAUGCCAUGCAACAAGAACAUGUCUUCCUCCGAGCUCGUGGUCACUUGACCGCUAGCAGUCUUGUUCGCGCCGCUGGUGAUGCUGUUGGUGGAAUUGCUACAUCACUCAUGGAGCAAUCUCUGCACGCCAUCACCAACGACCCUUCAGAUGUCGUCAAGGUCUCGUGUAUUCGUUCCAUGCAAGCUUACCUUGCUGGAGUAUCCACUGACAACGCCCGCUCUAUGCAAGCUGCUGUCAUUGCUGCUAUCCACACCUUUGUCACUGAACUUGACUUUGGAGAACUGGACGAGUCUGAGGAUAUCAUGAUUGCCAUUUUCGAGACCUUGAGAGAUGUCAUCAUGAUUGACACUCGUAUCUGUCUGACAGGUUCCGGUCUCGAUGUUCUCUUCACAAUCGCCAGUUGGUGCUCGUUCAAUUACCAAAUCUACAUUCUCAUUACUGAGACUUUCGAAGAUCUCACCGAGACUCUUUCAGAUUCUGGUCCUGACGUCUACACUCAGCUCUGCGCAAAGGUCCUGCCUUCACUAUCGGGUGCCUUCGAUGUCGCCAACUUGACGGAUGAGAACUCUUUGACAAACCUCGCCGCCGACAUGCUCACCGCUCUCGCAGAACACGGUCCCUCACCUCUGCCUCAAGGCUUCAUUGUCACCAUCAUGCCCAAACUCACACGUCUGCUCCUGGAAUCACCCGACGAAGAGCUGCUUAAGUCAGCAACCUCUGCCACUCGGUAUAUGCUUGAGAAGGACCCCGAGCAGAUGUUCAAUUGGGCCAAUCAUGAUGGCAAGAGUGGUCUUGAAGUCGUUCUUGUCAUCAUUGACCGCCUUCUUGGUCCAACUGUAGAGGACAAUGCUGCCGGUGAAGUCGGUGGUCUCGCUGCUGCUUUGGUCGAGAAAGCAGGAUCUGAAAGACUCGGCCCUUAUCUGGCGCAGCUGUUGAGUGCUGUUGCUCACAGACUCAGCGCAGCCACCCAGACCCAGGUCAUUCAGAAUUUGAUCCUAGUCUUCGCUCGACUGUCUCUGCUUUCGGCUAGAGAGGUCAUUGACUUCCUCGCUCAACUCGCUAUCAACGGGGAGAGUGGCUUGCAAGUCGUCCUGACCAAAUGGCUAGAGAACUCUGUCAAUUUCGCCGGCUAUGACGAGAUCAGACAAAAUAUCAUCGCACUCUCCCGUCUCUACGACCUUCACGACCCCCGUCUUGAUACCAUCCAAGUAAAGGGCGAUAUGAUCAUGCCCACCUCCACACGCAUCAUGACCCGCAGCCGCGCUCGUGCCAAUCCAGACCAAUACAACAUCAUCCCCGCUCCUCUCAAAAUCGUCAAGAUCCUCGUCGACGAGUUGCUAUCGCCCCUCACCAAUGCUGUCAGCCGUGGUGUCGAGAAUCUCGCUCCUGCUUCUGAAGUCGAAAAGGCAGAGUCUGUCGCCAGUGACGAAUCAGGCUGGGAGGAUGAAGAUGGUUUCUUGGAUCUCGGUGCCGGUAUGACCAAGGAGGCUUUGAUGGGUUACGCGGCUGAAGAUGCACCCAACAGGGGCAGAGAUGAUGAGACCCAGGCAUACUUGCUUCAAUGGUUCGGAGGUAAAGCUCAAGAAGAUGGCUUCGGAGAGGUGUUUGCACAGUUGACCCCUGAGGAGCAAGAGAAGUUGAGGAGCAUGGGCUCGCAACAGGCUUGA